GAAAAGUUUUUCCAGGCGGAGAGUUUUGGCGGCGGCGACGGCGGCGGCAGCGGCCGGGCGGUCGGAGCGGGGCCAUGGACGCGCUCAAGUCGGCGGGCCGGGCGCUCAUUCGCAGCCCUAGCAUUGCCAAACAGACGUGGGGAGGCGGCGGGCGGCACCGGAAGUUGCCUGAGAACUGGACAGACACAAGGGAGACCCUGCUGGAGGGGAUGCUGUUCAACCUCAAGUACCUGGGGAUGACCCUGGUGGAGCAGCCCAAAGGGGAGGAGCUCUCGGCGGCGGCUGUGAAGCGCAUCGUGGCCACGGCCAAAGCUAGUGGGAAGAAGCUCCGAAAAGUGACCCUCCAAGUCUCCCCGAGGGGCAUCAUUUUACAUGACAGCGGGACCAAUGAGCUGAUUGAGAAUGUUUCCAUCUACAGGAUCUCCUACUGCACUGCAGACAAGAUGCACGACAAGGUUUUCGCGUACAUUGCCCAGAACCAGCAGAGCGAGAGUCUGGAGUGCCACGCAUUUCUCUGCUCCAAGCGGAAAAUGGCGCAGGCGGUGACCCUCACGGUGGCCCAGGCCUUCAAAGUCGCCUUUGAGCUUUGGCAGGUGUCCAAAGAAGAGAAGGAGAAGCGGGAGAAAGCAAACUUAGAAGAAGUUGCCUGUGGGGCUCGGCUGGAUGGUUCCCCUUCCCUGAAAGGCCCAAUCACCACUGGAAACCUGCUGGACCUGGAGGAGACGGCCAAGGCCCCCCUGUCCACUGUGAGUGCCAAUGCCGCCAACUUGGAUGAGGUGGGGAGGCCUGAACCGCUGGCCAAUAACAACGUGGUCUGGGAGCUUGAUGAUGGCCUUGACGAAGCCUUCUCGAGGCUGGCCCAGUCACGGACGAAUCCCCAGGUGCUGGACAUCGGGCUCACGGCCCAGGACAUCCAGUACGCCCAGUGCCUCUCCCCGGUGGACUGGGACAAGCCGGACUUGGGCGCCUCUGAGCAGGACGACCUCUUCGGCUUCUGAGGCGGGCCGGCGGCCCGGCAACCACUACAACGGACCAAAGUCAUCUCGGGGAGGGCCGCGGCGCCCCCUCCUGGCACGCGGGCAGCCCCCGGGCCCUGCCAGCCACUAGACCAAAGGCGUUAUUAAUGCAGCUUUGUUUUCCUCCUGCCUUUUUCUUUACAAACUAUAGGAUGCUUCAAGCCUAUUUAUUCAUUGGACUCCAUGCAGCCCCAAGCCUUGUGGAGCGCCCCCUGCUGUGUAACGGGCCCAGUGUUAUAACCUGCCUUUUGGCCCCUCGGGGGGUGGGGGGUGGGCGUCAGCCUCUCUCUCACCUCUUCUCUCCCUGCAGAGCCAGGCCCUUCCUUCCCCAGAGCGCCACCUUGGGGUCUCCUCUGUGCCCCUCGGGGGGUGGGGGGCAGGCGUCAGCCUCUCUUACCUCUUCUCUCCCUGCAGAGCCAGGCCCUUCCUUCCCCAGAGCGCCACCUUGGGGUCUCCUCCGUGCCCCUGGGGGGGGGGGAGCUGGGGCAGGGUGCUGCCGUGCAGAGCCCGGGGAGGAGCCCCCCUCACCAAAGACUGAACAGCUUUGCACUUUAGAAAAUGAACCCAAAGCCGGGGCUGAUAAGGUGAAAGGGAGGGGCUGAGUCUGCAGGUAGCUUUUGUCUUCAUCCCUGGGGGCCUGGCUGAUCGGAACUCAGAACUUGUGGGGGGGGGAGCCCCAGGCCUUUCCCCUUGCUGGGACUCAGCUUCCCCAUCACACAAGGGGACUUCCAGCUUCUGCCUUACUAAAUAUUAACUGGCCUCCGACCUCUGCCGUGCCGUCCCGUCACAUUGAUGAGGCUUGUCCCAGGACUGGCUCCUGCGCCCGAACAGCAGCACUCGGGAGCCCGGAGCCCCUCUCGCCCCAGUUCUUUGUGGCAGGGAAGCCACGCCGGGGAGUUGGUUCCAUCGGUCUUGGCCGGGUGCUCUGUCCUCCAAUAAAAGAAAGCACACCAGG